CUUGCAACUUGGUGGAAUUCUGAUGCAAGGUCGUCGUUAUUAUCAUAUCUAGAGAAGCCUGAGCUUUAGUCGCUGUGCGUCGCUUGAAGAGCUCUAACAGAUUGAGCAAGAGGAGACACGGAGAACGUAUAUGACACGACAAGAAGUGGAAUAUGAAACAAUAAAAAAACAAGAGAGAGAAAAACCCAGGGAAUAAAACAAAUAUGGAGGCAUCAACGUGGACUGUGGGUCUGGCAGUGGUGUUACUGUUCAUUGUGUAUUGCUGGAGGAAGUGUUCGUACUGGUCAUCACGUGGUGUUCCCUCAAAUUCCGUUUUUCGCAACUUUUACAUUUAUCUCCACAUGAUCUUCAAGCGUACUAAACCCUUUUGGCACUUCCUAAAUGAGACGUAUCACGAGAAUGAAGGGAACAACUUCGUAGGCGCCUACGAGAUCUUCAAGCCGUCCCUGAUCGUGCGUGACCCUGGGCUAGUCAAGCGCAUUAUGAUUCAGGACUUUGACCACUUCAGCGAACGCAGGACAUUUGGUAAUUCCAAGAAAGACGAAUGCUUUAGAGAAAUGCUUUUUCUCAUCAACGGCAGCCACUGGAAAGGCGUCAGGUCUAUUAUGUCCCCAACUUUCACCUCCGGCAGGAUGCGUCAAAUGUACCACCUAGUGGAGGAGAAAGCAGAUGCUUUAAUAGAACGUCUUCAGCGACACUGCCAAGAGAAAUCUUUCGUUAAGACAAAGACAAUUUACGCCCGUUAUGUCAUGGAUGUUAUAGGUACCUGUGCUUUCGGUAUCGAGUGCAACUCCAUCAACAAUGAGGAGGAAGAAUUUUGCAAGAAAGCAAGUGAGCUGAACGCCAUCAGCGCGCGGGGAAUAUUACGGGGAAUAGCUCUGUUAACGCUACCUAAUUCAGUGUUGAAUGCAAUCGGGAUUUCUUUUACCACUCCACCGUUCCUGUUCUUCCAGCGCGUGGUGGAGGAGACAAUUAAGAAUAGAGAGAUGGGAGUGAAGCGGGGAGACUUCCUGGACCUGUUGUUAGAACAGCGGGAGGAGCAGAGCAACUCGAACACUAAGACACCUAAGUACCCUAUAAAAGACUCGACGAUCGUCGCUCAGUCCGUCCUAUUCCUUAUCGUGGGUCAUGAAACUACAGCCGGCACCAUGGCCUUCGUCUCCUACUACCUGGCCCGCAACCCACACCUCCAGCACCGACUUCGUCAGGAACUGAGGGACAUAGUGGAAGAACACGGCACGCUUACCUACCAGACCAUCAUGGAGGCGCCAUUCUUAGACGCCAUUUUCUCAGAGACUCAGAGACUCAACCCGAUAGCAGUAGUAAUUGAACGACAAUGUUCUCAAGACUACAGGUUGCCAGGUACGGACGUUAUCUUAAAGAAAGGACAGCAUGUUACCGUGCCUGUCUGGAGUCUUCAAAAUGACCCUCGCUAUUGGACCAACCCAGACCAGUUCCUCCCAGACCGAUUCUUGCCCGAGAACAAUCACAAUGUGAUCAGCGGCACCUACCUUCCCUUCGGUCUUGGACCCAGAAACUGCAUCGGAAUGAGGUUCGCCUUCAUGGAGGCCAAGUUGGCAUUGGCUAAGGUGAUCUUGAAGUUUGAGAUGUCUCUGGCGCCUGGCCAUGAAGAAUUGAAAUUGUCCGUGGUGGCCAUGAAACCCACAGAUGACAUCAUGCUCGUGUUCAAGUCACUCGAAGACGAACAAUAAGUCACCUUAUUUUGACUUUCCAUUGUGACCCUGACUUGGCUCAGAUAUAACCAAAUUUUCUAUGAAAACCCAAACUUUUAUUGAAACAAGUUAGCUUUUUCAUAUAUCAUCUUGAAUACAUAAUUCAAUCAAUCAGAGUACCGUCCUGAUAUCUGAGGGUUGACCCAAGAACGUUUAAAGUGGAGUACUUCCGCUCUAAACGUUUUCGGGCUGUUUUUUACCGAUCCUCCAAGAUUUUGUAUCUCUCUGGGGACCCAGUUUUUAAUUUCAUUCAUCCAUCUCAGUCUCUGCCUUCCCCUGGCCCUCCUACCUUCAACUUUGCCCAUUAAUAUCUCUGUUAUUAUCCCUUCGUCCAUAAUUAUAUAACCAAAAUAUCCCAUUUUUCUUUUUCUGUACAUUUCAAUUAUUUCUCUUGAAGUUUUUGCGAAUCUUAGUACUUCUUCAUUUGUUUUCCUGUCUGUGUAGCUUCUUCAUAGUAUUACCCUAUAACACCACAUUUCAAAGACCCCCAACUCUCUUGCUGGUGUCUGCCGAAGGUGUCCACACUUCUGACCCAUACGUCAGUCGUUACCAUAUAAAAUCUUUCAGCAGUCGUUUUCUCAAUUUGAAGUUAAUGUGCCUUUUCAUUGCGUAGAUUAAACUUGACCUCUCACCAGAAAAAAUACCACUAAUUUUUGCCCUAUUUUGACCUUCUGUGACCUUAACCUUAGCCCAGUUAAAACUAAAAUAAAUAACUUUUCUUUAAUCUCUAGUUCCAUAAAUGCGCUGAGUUUCGCUGCAGUUGGUUUGACUCAGUUAAAUACAUACGUUGAUAGAUUCCUUACCAGUAAUACAUUCAUUAUACCACCUGUUCCUAGUAUCAUCAGGGAUCAACAUUAUACUUAGCUGUCGUUCCUAAAUUUGUCAUUGUUACUUCUGUGGUAUAUGAAGUAAGGAUCUACAGUAGUCUCUUAUUAUUCUAUUUUUACCCCAUAUAUACAAUUUAUUCUAUUUUACCCCAUUUAUACGAUUUAUUCUUUUUUUACCCCAUUUAU